GAGAAUGGCAGUUGAAAGUGCAUAUACAACUAACAAAUGUUCACUCACUACGAAUUUGUUUAUAUAUAUACUACUUACUAGCUAGCAAGAGUUGAUCAGUGGUAUCUUUUCAUUACUAUUGCGAAUUUGCACAACCCUGGAAACUCAAUCACAUUGUCUGCUUGGAGUUUCGCAGCUGUAAAGGUAAAUUUUAGCGAUGGGGUUCCUAGAUUUGUUGAUUGCCGCAUUAGAGCCAGUUGUCGAAGUACUUUUGGUUACUGCUGUUGGUUUGUUGCUUGCAAUAGAUCGCAUUGAUCUCUUGGGACCGAAUGCCAGGCGCAGUUUAAAUCAUAUUGUUUUCUAUGUGUUCAAUCCCGCAUUGAUCGUAGCUAACCUCUCUGACACUAUUACUUUCACAAGUUUGGUUAAACUGUGGUUUAUGCCAGUGAAUAUUUUGCUCACUUUCAUAAUUGGGUCUGCACUCGCUUGGAUUCUUAUUAAAAUCACUCGCACUCCUCCACAUCUCCAAAGCCUUGUUAUUGGUUGCUGUUCUGCUGGGAACUUGGGAAAUUUGCUUCUCAUAAUUGUUCCAGCAGUGUGUGAGGAGUCAAACAGUCCAUUUGGAGAUUCAUCUACCUGCUCCACUAAUGGGGAGGCUUAUGCUUCACUUUCUAUGGCAGUUGGAUCAAUUUAUAUAUGGACUUACGUGUAUGUCCUCAUGAGUUUGAACGUUAAAGAUUCUACAACGAGCAUAAAAUCUUCUGGAGAAACCUCGGAAAUGUUCUCAGAGACUUGCACAGAGGCACUACUACCUUCAGAUGAUGGCUCUACCUCUGAUGACUCUGCAAACCAAGAUGAACUGCCUCACACUAUAUUUGGGGUCCCAUUUCUGGAUACUACUAUCCACCGAAUUAAGAAUGUUACGGCAAAGAUAAAGCUGAAAAUGGUGUUUGCACCAUCUACUAUUGCAGCGGCUGUUGGAUUUAUCAUUGGGACAGUGUCUCCCAUCCGAAAGUUAAUAAUUGGUGAUAGUGCUCCUCUUCGUGUGAUUUACAGCUCUGCAUCUUUGCUGGGGGAAGCAUCAAUUCCAUCUGUGACCCUGAUAAUCGGAGCAAAUCUUCUUGGAGGUUUACAAAGAUCGGGAAUAAGUUUUUCAGUGAUUAUAGGGAUUAUAGCAGUGAGGUUUAUAUUCUUGCCUCUCUUGGGCGUUGUUGUAGUUAAGGCUGCACAUCAUUUUGGGAUGGUGGGAUCGGAUUCAUUAUAUCAAUUUAUUCUUUUGCUUCAGUUUUCUCUUCCACCAGGAGUGGCUGUAGGUACAAUUACGCAGUUAUUUCAGACUAGUGUGAGUGAAUGCUCUGUCAUUAUGUUAUGGACAUACGCUGUGGCUUCGUUAGCUAUUACGCUUUGGACAACCUUCUACAUGUGGCUUCUGAGUUAAAUUGUUUUGGCACAAUAGCAACCGUAAAAAUAUGACUUAACAUUAUGGACACAUUGAUCCAAUUGGAUGAUUGCAGUUUUCCUGCUUAUUUUUAGUUUUACUCGGUGAGGUGUUCAAUAUAUAAUUAUUUUGGGAUAUAGGUGGAGAUGCUUUCAACUGUAAUGUUGAACAAUUAAUAUUUACAUCAAGCAGUAGCAUCAUACUUUAAAUGUAUGGUAUCAUUCUUCAGGGAGAUGGCCGAUUUCUGCUUGUGGGUUGUUUAUGGAUUGCUUAUCCAGAAACAACCUUGCAUAUAUAUAAAUAUAUAUAUUGGUGUGUUACUGCUAAUC